GAGGCGCGCACCGGGCGGAACGCGGCGCCCUUUGAAGCUCCCCAAAGCGGGCGAGCCAGCCCCCACCCUCCUCCAUCAAAGUGUACGCCGGGUAGCUCCCAACGUGGUUGCAAACUCUCGGAGACCAGCUGCGGGCGAGUUUUAGUGAUUUCCCGCGGUGGGCUGGAGAAGAGGAGACCUCGAGCGCUCUGAGCGCCGGGAAUCGAAGCCGGGACUCUCGGAACCGAAGCAGCGCGGAGCCCGCCCGCCCGCACUCCCGCCGCCUUCGCCGGCCGCAGCCUCCCGCGGGGCUCUUUGGACCUUUCUGCUGCGCAGCUCGGACAGCAACUCCGGGCGCCCGCGGCCCCGGGCUCCAUUGGCCGGUGGUCACCUCCGAGUGAGCCGAGCUACACUCCACUUGCGUCCCCCAUCCCCGGCGCCUCGGGCUCUCCGGAGCCCCGGCGGGGCCACCGGCCUGCGCGGCUGCGGGUUCGGGCCUGGCUGUGGGAUGUUAGCUGUGGGGGCGAUGGAGGGCCCCCGGCAGAGCGCGUUCCUGCUCAGCAGCCCGCCCCUGGCCGCCCUGCACAGCAUGGCCGAGAUGAAGACCCCGCUGUACCCCGCCGCCUACCCCCCGCUGCCCACCGGGCCCCCCUCUUCCUCCUCGUCCUCCUCGUCCUCGUCGCCCUCCCCGCCUUUGGGCGCCCACAAUCCAGGCGGCUUGAAGCCCCCGGCCGCGGGGGGCCUCUCGUCUCUGAGCAGCCCCCCGCAGCAGCUCUCGGCCGCCACCCCGCACGGCAUCAACGACAUCCUGAGCCGGCCCUCCAUGCCGGUGGCCUCGGGGGCCGCCCUCCCUUCCGCCUCGCCCUCGGGGUCCUCUUCCUCCUCCUCCUCCUCGUCCGCCUCCGCCACCUCGGCCUCUGCGGCCGCCGCCGCCGCCGCUGCAGCCGCCGCCGCCGCCGCCUCGUCGCCCGCUGGGCUGCUGGCCGGCCUGCCUCGCUUCAGCAGCCUGAGCCCGCCGCCGCCGCCGCCCGGGCUCUAUUUCAGCCCCAGCGCCGCGGCCGUGGCCGCCGUGGGCCGGUACCCCAAGCCCCUGGCCGAGCUGCCCGGCCGGACGCCCAUCUUCUGGCCCGGGGUGAUGCAGAGCCCGCCUUGGAGGGACGCACGCCUGGCCUGUACCCCCCAUCAGGGAUCCAUUUUGCUGGACAAAGAUGGGAAAAGAAAACACACCAGACCCACGUUCUCUGGCCAACAGAUCUUCGCCCUAGAAAAGACAUUCGAACAAACGAAGUACUUGGCUGGGCCAGAGAGAGCUCGCUUGGCCUAUUCUUUGGGGAUGACGGAGAGUCAGGUCAAGGUCUGGUUCCAGAACCGCCGGACCAAGUGGAGGAAGAAACACGCGGCUGAGAUGGCCACGGCCAAGAAGAAGCAGGACUCGGAGACGGAGCGGCUCAAGGGCACUUCGGAGAACGAGGACGACGACGACGAUUACAACAAGCCCCUGGACCCGAACUCGGACGACGAGAAAAUCACGCAGCUGCUGAAAAAGCACAAGUCGAGCAGCGGCGGCCUCCUGCUGCACGCCUCGGAGGCCGAGGGCUCGUCCUGAGCGCCCGCCCGCCGGCACCGCGGGCACCUCGGCCGCCCCGGCUGCGCCCCUCAGCCGGUCCCCCUCCACCCCCAGCCCGGGCCCCGGCACCCCGCUGCUCCCCGGGCCUUUACUAUUUUCUAAGAUGUACAUAUCUAUUUUUUUAACCUAGAAAUUGUGGCGGGCGCUGGGGGGCAGGACGGCGGCGCGUGGAUGAGAAGGGAGCCCGCCGACUGCACUGC